AUGGUAACGAGUGACGAAGGUAACGCGAUUACGCCAACCGAACCAAGCACCGGUGGUCACCAGCAGGAGCAACCGCCAACAACCGGCUCCGGUCAUCCGAACGCACCGACGACGACGGCCGGUCGCAAACUGGCCGGGUUUGAGUUUUACGAACACGUACUCCACGCCCCGCGGUACGUCGUGGCUCCGAUGGUGGACGCAAGCGAACUCGCCUGGCGCCUACUGAGCCGUCGCCACGGGGCCCAGCUCUGUUACUCGCCCAUGUUCCACAGCAGCUGCUUCUCGAAGGACCCCAAGUACCGGAAGGACUCGCUGCAAACCUGCCCGGAAGAUCGCCCGCUCAUUAUUCAGUUCUGCGGCAACGACCCGAAGGUGAUGCUGGAGGCCGCUCUGCUGGCGCAGGACUACUGUGACGCAAUCGAUAUCAACCUUGGUUGCCCGCAGGCCAUCGCCAAACGGGGUCACUACGGUGCCUUCCUGCAGGAAGAAUGGGAGCUGCUGCGUGCGAUAGUAAGUACCCUGCACCGUAAUUUAGCCAUUCCGGUGACCUGCAAGAUACGGAUCUUUGACGAUAUGGCGAAGACCAUCCGCUACGCACGGAUGCUGCAGGACGCGGGUGCCCAAUUGCUUACGGUGCACGGACGCACCCGUGAACAGAAGGGACCACUGACGGGGCUGGCCGACUGGAAGUACGUGACGGUGCUGCGCCAGCACCUGACCGUUCCGGUGUUUUCGAACGGCAACAUCAUGUCCGUGCAGGACGUCGAACGGUGUAUCGCCGGGACCGGUGCGAACGGGGUGAUGACGGCUGAGGGCAACCUCUACAAUCCGGCCCUGUUCGAGGGCAUCAAUCCGCUGUCGUGGGACAUGGCGAACGAGUACCUGGACCUGGUCGAACAGUACCCGGCACCGGUUUCAUUUAUCCGCGGUCACAUGUUCAAACUAUUUCAUCACUUAAUGCACCUCAAAUCGAACGCCCCACUGCGAGAACAGCUGGCCGUGUGUCGUUCGGUGCCGGAGUUCCGCUCCGUGGUCCUGGAGCUCGAACAAAAGUACCGCCCGUACCACGACGGACAGCUGCAAUGGAACGGCGAAGAGCAAGACGAACCGGCCGAGGAGCAGCAGCAGAAGCAGGAGGAUCUGCAGGAACCACCAGACUGCAACCUCCGGCUACCUCCGUGGCUCUGCCAACCGUACGUGCGCAUUCCUCCGGAAGCUCACCGGCAGAAGCUGGCCGAGGCGCGCCGCUUGGCCGAGGACCCGACCCGCGAGAAGCGCCAGUUUUUCGACGUACACGGGAACGAAAUUUCACGCAAACGGAUGAAAAAGAUGCGACGCGUCCAGCGGCGGCCAAAGAAUCGUAACCGCAACGAUCCGAAACAGUCGCCGAAACAGUCCAGCGAAAAUGAGGACGAGGAACAGGCCGCUCAGUCUCAGUUUACUGUGUCCGUCAGCGAAAGAGACGGCCGGCGUCGUCGCCGGUUUGAUGAGCUGUGCAAAAACGACACCCAUUGUACCAACCCGAUGGGUCUAAAGUGUGACCACCGACUGUGUAAGACGUGCUGCAAGUCCAAGUGUUACCGGGAGGACCGGGACUGUCCCGGGCACAAGAUCCGCAUCAAAUCGCGUCGCGAUCGCGCUAGGGCUUUAACAUUGGCCGAACAACAGCAAAAGCAACAAGCGUCGGGGGAACAACAAAUGCACGAUGAGCGAGACGACAGCAGCGGCGAGACAGAGAUGGACGUUAAAGCUGACGCCGCCGAUUUGACGACCGAAAAAAGUUGA